AUGGCGUCCAUCCCAAUAGCUUGGAAUAAUGUGUCUCCCAUUGCUCAACAAAGGCUGAAGGUGAAUGUUCUUGCUGUAAAUUACAGUGUUUCUAGAAAACAAGAAACCCUCUUUUGUAAACUACCCAAGAAUGGCUCGUGCUCUGUUUCUAGUUCUGUGCUGUUCAGUUAUGGUACUCGUAAAGCUCCGAUUAGGUUUUUAUGUUCCUCUGCUGACGAGAAGAUUGAUAAGAAAAAAACAAUCGAACCACCUCAGAGGAAGUUUUCUCUGCAGCUGCGGCGUAGGAUACGGUCACUAUCUCAAAGAUUCAAAUGGGUUUCAAUUGAAUCGCUGCUAGACCGCAUUGGAUCAUUUCACAGCAGAAAUGCCAAGAAAAUCACGGUUUCUGUUGGGGUAUCGAUUGUCUUGGGCCUUUUUUUCUGGUUCCUCAGAGUGACUUCAAUGCCCGUCCCAAAAGGUGUGCCCUACACGCACCUGAUUGAAAAUCUUCAGAACAAGAGUGUCGCCUGUGUUAUGUUUGAGGAAGGCACGAGUCAGAUAUACUACUGCACCAAAUCUUGGGUCCGAGAAAAAGCCCUAGCCGAGGAUGACAAAUCGGGCCUUGAUGGUGAGAAAGAUGUUGUUGUUGGGGAAGAUUACAUGCUUCAGAAGUUGGUUAAUUCUAAAAAUCAGAGAAUCGGUUGGGAAUAUUCGACGAGAAAGAUAGAUCACGAUGUCGGUUAUCUUCUCGGUUUGGCGAGGGAAACGGGUGCUCUGUAUGGCUUGGUACGUCGAUCGGUUUUGAAGUCGAUGAGGGAUGUGCUCGUCACAACACUCAUGUUGUGGGUCCCAUUGAGCCCUCUAAUGUGGAUUAUGUACCGGCAGUUUGCUCCGGGUAAUGGUCUGGCUAAGAAGAGAAAGAGUAGCAACAGAUUAGUUAGCUUUGAGGAUGUCGAGGGUGUGGAUAGUGCAAAGGUGGAGUUGAUGGAGGUCGUCAAUUGCCUCCACGGUGCAAUUAAUUACAGUAAGCUUGGGGCAAAGCUACCGAGAGGUGUGUUGCUUGUUGGUCCUCCCGGGACAGGAAAGACUUUGCUGGCACGUGCUGUGGCUGGGGAGGCCGGGGUACCCUUUUUCCCUGUUUCCGCUAGUGAAUUUGUUGAGCUGUUUGUGGGACGUGGGGCCGCUCGCAUAAGGGACCUUUUCAAUGUUGCGAGGAAGAAUGCGCCCUCCAUUGUUUUCAUAGACGAGCUUGAUGCGGUUGGUGGAAAGCGUGGAAGGAGUUUUAAUGAUGAACGAGACCAAACUUUAAACCAGUUGCUGACAGAAAUGGAUGGUUUCGAGUCCGACAUAAACGUGGUUGUUAUAGCCGCAACAAAUAGACCAGAGGCUUUGGACCCGGCCCUGUGCCGGCCGGGCCGUUUCUCAAGAAAAGUGUAUGUGGGUGAACCUGAUGAAGAUGGUAGGAAAAGGAUUUUGGGCAUACAUUUGAGAGGAGUUCCUUUGGAGGAGGACACGGGCCUUAUUUGCAGCUUGGUUGCAUCUCUUACCCAAGGCCUCGUUGGAGCUGAUCUUGCAAACAUCGUUAAUGAGGCUGUCCUGCUUGCCGCGCGAAGAGGCGCUGAAAUCGUGUCGAGAGAGGACUUCAUGGAGGCUGUAGAGAGAGCAAAGUUUGGGAUAAACGAAAGGCAAACGGCACUAGGCAAGAAGCUCGGAAAAUUAUUUCCUUGGAUGAUGCCUUCCCUAAAUGGUGGGACGCAAAGCCCUCCGGGCUAUCAGACAUUAAGCUGA